GAGUUUUUUGCAGAGAUGACCCAUUUACAAGCUGGACUUAGUCCAGAGACUAUAGAGAAAGCCCGCCUGGAACUGAAUGAAAACCCAGACAUUUUGCAUCAGGAUAUCCAGCAAGUCAGGGACAUGAUCAUCACGAGGCCUGACAUUGGGUUUUUACGUACAGAUGAUGCCUUCAUCUUGAGAUUUCUCCGAGCCAGAAAGUUUCACCAAACUGAGGCCUUCAGACUGCUGGCUCAGUACUUCCAGUACCGUCAAUUAAAUCUGGAUAUGUUUAAAAACUUCAAGGCUGAUGAUCCAGGAAUCAAACGAGCUCUGACAGAUGGGUUCCCGGGAGUACUGGAAAAUCGUGACCACUGUGGCAGGAAGAUUCUUCUGCUUUUUGCAGCCAACUGGGAUCAGAGUAGGAACUCCUUCAUAGAUAUCCUCCGGGCUAUCCUACUGUCAUUGGAAGUGCUCAUCGAAGACCAGGAGCUUCAGAUAAAUGGCUUCAUUCUAAUUAUAGAUUGGAGCAAUUUCUCCUUCAAGCAAGCCUCCAAGCUUACGCCAUCUAUCCUCAAACUGGCCAUUGAAGGGUUACAGGACAGCUUUCCUGCCCGUUUUGGAGGAGUCCAUUUUGUCAACCAGCCCUGGUACAUCCAUGCCCUGUACACACUAAUCAAACCGUUCCUCAAAGACAAGACAAGGAAAAGGAUCUUUCUUCACGGUAACAACCUGAACAGCCUCCACCAGCUAAUACACCCUGAAUGCCUGCCCUCGGAAUUUGGGGGGACCCUGCCUCCCUACGACAUGGGGACGUGGGCUCGGACAUUGCUCGGUCCUGACUACAGCGACGAAAACGAGUACACCCACACCUCCUACAACGCCAUGCACGUCAAGCACGCGUCCUCCAACCUGGAGCGGGAGGCCUCGCCCAAACCCAUGAAAAGGUCCCAGUCCGUGGUGGAAGCCGGCACACUGAAACAUGAAGACCAGGGGGAAAGCGAGAACACCCAACCGCUGCUGGCUCUCGACUGAGCUCCCGGGCGCCGAACACACGCCGAUACAUUAACAGACUUCCACCGUAGCAGAAACCCACAGAGCACACCACACACACACACACACAUACGUGUUUUGCUUGAGAACAAGUCCUUCAUGUUUCUUCACCAAGUAAUAACUGUCACCAGCCAUCUGUCUGCGCAGCCGAUGCUGAACAAAAACUGAGACAUUUCUAUUGACGCAGGAAUCUGUCCGUAUACAAAGAAUUUCUUUCUUUUUUUUUUUUUUUUUUUGACUUAUGACAUUAAAAUAUUGGAAAUGAUGGGACUGCAUUCUCUGUUUAAAGGAACCAGGGUGUGUCAGCAGAACUUUUCCCUGAAGCCUCCAGCAGGGAUGCUCUGCUUUAUAGAAGCGAAAGUUACAUGUGUUUUAAAGAAAUGCAUCUCACAUUUAAACUUUGCACUGUAACUAACAGUUUAGUCUGGCUCAGAGGGCAGAAAUAGCAGCAUCUAUUGCUCAAAUUUUACAGAAGGAUUUUGCAUUAAAAAAAAAAAAAUAAAAAAAAAUAAAUCAGUGCCAGCAUAAUGCCAUUCAACGUGACAAUUUGUGACUGCCUCAUCCAUGCUGCUUCUAAGGGGUCACUUAUUUCAGUAUCUAGCAAAAAUAAUUCUUAACUUUUGAAGCCCUUAUGAAACUGUCAGCGGAGUGGAAUCAGUUGUGUGGGCAGCAGGAGCACACAAUUUGAAAUGCAAUUAUUUAAUUUUAACGACGUGGGGUUUUUUCCACAGGCAAUUCCGGAGCCCAUUAGGGGUGUGUGUGUGUGUGUGUGAAGGGGGGGUGCUAGGGAGACCCAUCGGACACAUUCACCAGUUAUUAAUGGUUCAAUCCCGAUUGUUUCAUUUAGGUCACAAUUGCAAAUGAAAGCUCUGCAGAGCUAUUUACCCCCUUCCCUCCUGCAGUCAGUGAAAGGUGGAACCAGAAGGGUAUGCUGAUUGCGGAUGAUGCAGGCCAUGGUUAAAAUGAAAAAGGAAAACUUAGAAUCAAUUCUUCAGGACAAGCUUCUGCUAGAAGGAAAUGUGGAAGAAUAGGAGAACUGAAAUGCCAAAGAUCAGUUUGUUAUUUCUCUAUGUACUCUAGCUGCAAAGAGACUCCCAUCCCUUCAUUGAAACAGAAACCAGAUUAAAGAAAUAAAAGAAAAAUUGUUAUCAAA